UUUCUUCUUUUCAUUCUUCUAAGCGAAACACAAAUACCCCCAAAGCACAAAUUGGUCUUUUUUGAUAAUUUUGAUUUCUUGUUUUCGGUUUGUCGUUACUGACGACAAAGACAAAAGCCGGCCCUGAAUUUUCCUUCUCGCUUUAAAACGAAAAAAAACAACAAAAAAACUUUCUUUUUUUUUUCUUUUUUUCCAUUUUUGGCUCUCAGGAAACAAAAAGCGAGCUGCGCGAACAUCGGACCAAACCGCUUUUAUUGUGAAACUAGCUUCUCCACAGGUGAUCCCUGCACCCGAUUAUAUUUAGUCGAGCUGUGGGAGGGGGCAGGGUCAGGAACAGUAGUCUAUAAAACCAGUGGAUUUACUCGGGCUCCCAUGAGAAGACAGUGAAGGAAGAGCACUCUGUACUUUUCUUCCCCCCUCUUAUCAAGGCCACCUGUCUGCCCGGUCCCUCUGGAAACAUGUCUGAGGACCUCCAACCAACUGUGGACCCCACGAAGAUGGGGGUCGGACGAUCCAUUGCCGUGCUGACGUCAGGAGGAGACGCUCAGGGCAUGAAUGCAGCCGUGAGAGCCACAGUCAGAGUCGGCAUCUACACUGGAGCCAAAGUCUACUUUGUCCAUGAGGGCUACCAGGGCCUGGUGGAUGGAGGAGAAAACAUUUGUCUCGCUACAUGGGAGAGUGUGUCUAUGAUGCUUCAGCUGGGUGGUACUGUCAUCGGCAGCGCUCGCUGCAAGGACUUCAGAACCAGAGACGGUCGUAUGAAGGCCGCCUGCAACCUGGUGAAGCUGGGCAUCACCAACCUGUGUGUAAUCGGUGGAGACGGCAGUCUGACGGGAGCCAACGAGUUCAGGACCGAGUGGAGCGGGCUGCUGGUUGAUCUGGUCCGAGCAGGUAAGAUCACUGAGGAAGAAGCUAAGAAAUCGUCCCACCUCAAUAUUGUCGGCAUGGUCGGCUCAAUCGACAAUGACUUCUGCGGCACUGACAUGACCAUCGGUACUGACUCGGCACUGCACCGCAUCAUUGAGGUGGUGGAUGCCAUCACCACGACUGCACAGAGCCACCAGAGGACAUUUAUCCUGGAAGUGAUGGGCAGACACUGUGGUUACCUGGCUCUGGUGACGGCUCUCGCCUGUGGAGCUGACUGGGUGUUCAUUCCCGAGAUGCCGCCAGAUGAUGGCUGGGAGGACCACUUGUGCAGGAGGCUGUCAGACCAAAGAGCCCGUGGAUCUCGACUAAAUGUGAUCAUUGUGGCCGAGGGCGCGAUGUGCAAGGAUGGCAAACCGAUUACAUCUGACCAGAUCAAAAAGUUGGUAACUGACAGACUCGGCUUUGAUACCCGCACCACUGUUCUUGGACACGUGCAGAGAGGAGGAACACCCUCUGCCUUCGACAGAAUCCUGGGCAGCAGGAUGGGAGUGGAGGCGGUGAUGGCAUUGCUGGAGGCCACCCCAGACACUCCCGCCUGUGUGGUCACCCUGUCGGGGAAUCAAGCCGUCAGAUUGCCGCUCAUGGAGUGCGUGCAAGUGACAAAAGAAGUGACUGCUGCCAUGGCUCAGGGCAGAUUUGACGAUGCCAUCAAGCUCAGAGGAAAGAGUUUUGAAAACAACUGGAAUACGUACAAGCUGCUGGCUCACAUCAAUCCUCCAGAUACUAAGAGUAACAUCAAUGUGGCCAUUAUGAAUAUCGGCGCCCCCUGUGCUGGUAUGAACGCUGCCGUGCGUGCAGCGGUGAGGAUGGGCAUCAUCCAGGGUCACUCCAUGCUGGCAGUCCAUGAAGGUUUCGACGGUCUGGCUCAAGGACAGAUCGAGCCCAUUAUCUGGACUUCUGUGAGUGGCUGGACUGGAAAAGGAGGUUCAAUGUUGGGCACCAAGAGAACUCUUCCAGGCAAAAGGUUGGAGGAGAUCAGCCAGAACAUCGCCAAAUUCAACAUCCACGCUUUGGUGAUCAUUGGCGGCUUUGAGGCGUAUGUUGGAGGCCUUGAGCUGGUGCAGGCUAGGGAGAAAUAUGAGGAAAUGUGCAUUCCCAUUGUGGUUAUCCCUGCCACCGUAUCCAACAACGUCCCUGGCUCUGACUUUAGCAUCGGUGCUGACACUGCCCUGAACACCAUCACCUCCACCUGUGACAGGAUCAAGCAGUCUGCAGCAGGCACCAAGCGCCGCGUGUUUAUCGUUGAGACUAUGGGUGGAUACUGUGGCUACUUAGCCACCAUGGCAGGUCUGGCUGCUGGGGCUGAUGCUGCUUACAUCUUUGAGGAAAAAUUCGACAUUAAAGAUCUGGAGGCGAACGUCCAGCACAUGGUGGAGAAGAUGAAGACAAUAGUGAAGAGAGGUCUGGUGCUCAGGAAUGAAAGCUGCAAUUCCAACUACACGACUGAUUUCAUCUUCAGCCUGUACUCAGAGGAGGGAAAAGGCAUCUUUGACUGCCGUAAGAAUGUCCUUGGACACAUGCAGCAGGGCGGCACUCCUACACCCUUCGACAGAAACUUUGGCACAAAGAUGGGUGCCAAGGCAGUUCUGUGGCUUACUGACAAACUGAAGGAGUGCUAUAGGCAUGGUCGUAUCUUUGCUAACACAGCAGACUCCGCUUGCGUGCUGGGAAUGAGAAAAAGGGCACUCACCUUCCAACCUCUCGCUGAAUUGAAGGAAGACACAGAUUUUGAGCGCCGCAUCCCUAAGAUACAGUGGUGGCUGAAAAUCAGGCCCAUCAUGAAGAUCUUGGCUAAAUAUGACAUCAAACUGGACACCUCUGAACACGCCGACUUGGAGCAUGUGAUCAAGAAGAGUAGCUUUCUUGGGAAGUAGACGCCAUCUGCUCCCUGUUAGCACGCAGUUGGACAGGGGGAUUUUGUUCUUUUCCAUAAACAAACUUAUGUUUUCUUGUUUAACCAUCUGUCUGCCUCAGUAAAAGAGCUGCUAUCUUUCCUGUCCUGAUUGUUUGCUUCCUCUUUGUAGCCCUCCUCAUCCUGAAAAGCUUUUCCUGAAUACACAGUGCAGAAGAAAACAAGCCAUUAAAGAUGACUGAUAAUCCCCCCAAAACACUGUGUUGUUGGUGAUUAAUGCCAAUUAAUGUGAACUGUCCAGAGAAACUAGCAGACUAAUUUUUAAUUUACACUCUAUUUUGGAAAUGGUGUCUGAUCAAAACCCAUAAAGCGAACACAGUGAUUAAAAGUUUACAUAUUUAGCAACUGCGUGACCUGAUGAUCAUCUAGACGUCAUUUAGUGUUUUUGUUUUGUUUUUCCUUGUAGCCACAAUAAAUUGUACCCGUUACACCUAUACAUAUGAAUUUUAGGUCACUGGAAGCGCUGAUAUAAUUACACCUAAUGCAUCUGAAUUAGUAAGCCUCAAUCACAAAUCUUUAGAAAACGUCCUUUACUCCAAGAGGUUCUUGCCCCCGAAAAUUUUGAACCCCAACUGAAAACCAUUGAUGUCUGGUAAAAGCAGCCAGCUAUAAUAACGUGAUCCAUCGGUACACAUUCAGCCUCCUUUUCUUUAUCCUGAUUUUGAACAAUACUUGAGCUGGGUGCAGCUAAAGAUGGACUCAUAGCGAUCUGUUUAAAUAUCCUCUGCACAUAUUCAAACACAGAUAUAUUAUUCUCUGAAUAAGCUCUGUUUGUAAGGGUUUGUCAUAAAAAUAAAUGUAUGUGGAAAAAGCCAAAACAGAAAGAGAUUACCUAUGUUUAACGAAGAACUGUGACUACAACUGAAGCAGCCUUUGUUUUGUUUCAUUUGUUUGUAAUACAUUUUGGUAAAAUUCCUGGUAACAAAUGUUAUAACAUGUUAAUAAAAGCUUUGUUUACUGA